GCGGGUCAGCUGCGGCAUCAUAGAGCAGCGGUGAAGUCUCUUGGCCAGUGACCGGACGUGAAGUCCCGCCGGAGUCCAGCGCCUCGUCAGUCUGGCUCAACAGCGGCUGAGAUGAACGGGCUACACGGUACAGUUCAUCUGCUCUUCUUCAUCUGUACCGCUGUGCGGGAGGCAGCUGGUACCGGCGCCGCGGUGAGACCCGUCGGACUCGGGGACACGGUGGUCCUGCCCUGCGACCUACAGCUCGGCUACGAGGUGAUGUGGUUCGUCCAGCGUGACGAGACGGUGUUUCUGGGGCUCCUGGCCAGUAAAAGCCAGGCGGAGACGGUCAACUUCAACUACGCGUCCGACUCCCGCUUCUCUCCGGCGCUGAACCCGUCCACCGGCUCCAUCGACCUGAGGAUCCGGAACGUGUCGCGAACAAACCUGGGGCUCUUCUACUGCGCGGGAAGGUGCAGGGCCGGGUUGCUGUCGGAACCGGCACCAGGCUCGUCUGUGCGGGUGCAGGAACGUGCAUCAGCCCUGAAAAGAGAGAGAGCUGCAGGAGGAAUGUACAGAACAGAAUCAGGUCUCAGCUGGGCCACAAACCCAAUCCAGUCUUGCAAGCAUUUGCUAACGCUCCCUGCUUGUAACCUAAGAGAAAAGACCACUGUGAGACUACAGACUUCAUCGCUGUCCCGGGACGCAUCAGGACAAGACAGUUACAGUAAAGUGUGUCCGUGUGUGUCCGUGUCCUGAACUCAGCUCUGUAACUCCUGGACCAGUAUGUGCUCUCCUGACUCAAGACGAGGGUCUGGUUGUUACUCCCAUGAUCCUCGUCCUGGCAUCUGCACCAUGUUUUCAAAACGCCUCCUGGAAAGACUCUGGAAUUCUGCCUUCUGGGAAA